GAAAGCGACUCUCUGAAGAAACACAGAGGCAUUUUAUGUCCCAUCGCCAAAGCUGAUCACUGACGUGAAAAACAGGACUGAUCUGAUCACGCCACACUUUGGCUUCACAUCUUCUAAGGGCUUUCUUCCUGUUUUGGACUUUCCUGGGCGUGCAGCUUCUUCGGCAAACAUGGCGUCGACGAGUCUUCAGCUGCUGGGUCUGGUGCUGGCAGUGCUGGGCUGGGUGUGCGGGGCGCUGGUGUGCGCUGCCCCGCUCUGGCGCGUGUCCGCCUUCGUGGGCGGGGAGCUGGUGAUCGCCCAGGUGACGUGGGAAGGUCUUUGGAUGAACUGCCUGUCCCAGACCACGGGUCAGAUCCAGUGUAAGACCUACGACUCAACGCUGGCCCUGCCCACGUCCACCCAAGCCGCCCGCAGCCUCACCGUUCUCUCCCUGAUGCUCUGCAUACUGGCCCUCCUACUUGGGGUGAUGGGGGCCAAAUGCACCCACUGCAUGGGCGAUGCCAAUCAAUCCUCCAAGGCUCGGCUGGGCAGACUGGCAGGAGUGCUCUUCAUCGUGGCUGCUCUCGCCUUCUUGAUACCAAUCUCCUGGACCGCCUACUCAAUAAUUAGGGACUUUUACGAUCCGAACGUGGCAGCGCCCUUAAAGAGAGAGCUGGGACCGGCGCUGUAUCUCGGCUGGGGGGCCAGCGUGCUGCUCCUGCUAGGGGGCGCUCUCCUGCAUGUGGGCUCCUCGGCAGUGGAGGGAGGAAAAUUACCGAUUAUUGGAAGAGCGGCGAAAGACAACCCGGGGGCAGCAGGGGAGGCCAAGACACAAGAAAAAUCUUUUGUGUGAGGUUUUUUUCGAAGAAGAUUCAGCAGCAACAAAGAAUCAUCAAAUAUUCAGGCCAGGUUGUUAUUUUUCAUUCGAAAAAAAAAGCUGAGAUUCAAAACUCUUCGAAAUGUCUUAUUUAUAUUAACUUAUUUAUUUGUUUUUUAUGUUUGGAAAAUCCGAUUGAUCAAUAUGUGAUUUCAGUCACUGUAGGUGUAAACUGUGGGAGAAUGUCAAAUGCUGUGAUGUUUGCUAAUCUGUGUAACAUACAUAGCUCAAAUUCCACUCAACCCCCUCGUGUGUGUGUGACAGUGGGUGGUGUGUACACAGAGGACCACUGUAUGUGGUCAACGUGUGUGUGUAUUUGCAUGUGUGUGUGUGUAAGAGAGAGAAAGACAAAGAAUCACCAUUGUUUACUUGCGCAUCUUUUAUCUUUGUAUUUGAGUUUUGAAGAUGAUUUUUAAAAAUUAUUUUUGAUUCUUGUUCAUAUUUCCUGUAGAAUCUUUUUUGUCUACAUUAUAUAUUUCUUACUACCAUUACUAAUAAGAUGCAAUAUCAUAACUAACCCUUUUUCUUGUAUUUUCCUCAAUUUUCAUUAUUUUCUGGGGUGGGACGUUUAAUGAAAUGUUUGU